GGAAUUCCCGACGCCAGGCCGGAACCGAGCGUCUGCAAUGGAGUGAGACCCUCGGGAGGUCUGAGAGUCACUGGUACCACAAGCACCAUGGGGCCCUGGGGGGAGCCAGAGCUCCUGGUGUGGCGCCCAGAAGCAAUAGCUUCAGAGCCCUCAGUGCCGGUGGGGCUGGAGGUGAAGCUGGGGGCCCUGGUACUGCUGCUGCUGUUGACCCUCGUCUGCAGCCUGGUGCCUGUCUGCGUGCUUCGAAGGCCAGGCGCUAGCCAUGAAUCCUCGGCCUCAGGCCAGAAAGCCCUAAGUCUAGUGAGCUGCUUCGCAGGAGGUGUCUUUUUGGCUACUUGUCUUCUGGACCUGCUGCCCGACUACCUAGCUGCCAUAGACGAGGCCUUGGCGGCCCUGCAUGUGACGCUUCAGUUCCCCUUGCAAGAGUUCAUCCUGGCCAUGGGUUUCUUCCUGGUCUUGGUGAUGGAGCAGAUCACACUGGCUUACAAGGAGCAGUCCAGUCCACCACAUCCAGAAGAGACGAGGGCUCUGCUGGGAGCAGUGAAUGGAGGACCUCAACACUGGCACGAUGGACCAGGGCUCCCCCAGGCCAGCGGAACUCCAGCAGCGCCCUCAGCCCUGCGUGCCUGUGUAUUGGUCUUCUCUCUGGCCUUGCACUCUGUGUUUGAGGGCUUGGCUGUGGGCUUACAGCGAGACAGAGCUCGGGCAAUGGAGCUGUGCCUAGCUCUGCUGCUCCACAAGGGUAUCCUGGCAGUCAGCCUGUCCCUGAGGCUGCUACAGAGCCACCUUCGGGUACAGGUGGUGGCUGGCUGUGGGAUCCUCUUCUCAUGUAUGACACCUCUGGGCAUCGGGCUUGGCGCAGCUCUGUCGGAGUCAGCUGGGCCACUGCACCAGUUGGCCCAGUCUGUGCUGGAGGGAAUGGCAGCUGGCACCUUCCUCUAUAUCACCUUCCUGGAAAUUCUACCCCAAGAGCUGGCCACUUCUGAGCAGCGGAUUCUCAAGGUCAUCCUGCUCCUAGCAGGCUUCGCCCUGCUCACUGGCCUGCUCUUUAUCCAGAUCUAAGGUGCUCAGAUAGAAAGGGCAGGGGACGUUGACUGUCAGGUGCUCCUGUCCUCCCUGUCCUUCCCAGUUUGUGGGAGGUAGAAAGGAAGUAGUGAGGACCAAAGAGUUCUCUGAGAGGUAGGGAUGGGACAUUUGGAUUAUGAAUAAUGAGAGGGAAAGGGGCAGGUAAGAGGCUAGCCGCAGGCCCGAAGGACCAGAACUAGCCAAGCCACUAGAGAUACAGUCAGGUGACAAUAAGAAUGAGCACAUGCUACAAUCAGACACUACACCUGGACACAAGCUGACACGAGAACUGCAGAUAGGCAUCCCGUGGCUUUGGGAGAAGUCAAAGUCCUGUUGGUUCCAGCCCAUUUCAGCACUCUGCCAGUGGGAAGUGGUUCCUCCCACUUUCUUCUUCCUACUCUUCUGUAUCUCUUUUCUACCAAGGGACUAGUGCCAAAUGGUCUCUGCCAGUUUUCGUAAUCUAUCUGGCUUUGAGUGCCCUGCUCACUCUUUUUUUUUUUUUUUUUUGAGACAUGGUUUCUCUCUAUCCCUGACUGUCCUUGUCCUGGCACUUGUUCUGUAGACCGGACUGGCCUCUAACUCAGAUCCUCCUGCCUCUGUCUACCGAGUGCUGGGUUUAAAGGGGUGUGCCACCGCACCCAGCUCACGCCUGUAUUUUUAAAGUGCCAAACACCCACCUGCCCACUUCUUUUUUUAGUUUCUUCGAAACAGGGUUUCUCUGUAUAACCCUGGCUGUCCUGGACCUAGCUGUGAGGACCAGGCUGACCUUGAACUCUGAGAUCCACCUGCCUCUGCUUCCUGAGCACUAGGAUUAAAGGUGUAUGCCACGAUGCAUGGCUCACCUGCUCCUUUUCUGAAAGCACAGUGGUGUGGCACACCCAGCACCUCAGUGGAGGAGACCUACUUUCACUGAAUUUGGGCCCCACAAUUUGGGUGGAGCAGAAAUGUUUGCUGAACUGGUCAGGAGUGAAGGGAAACGAGGUACUUUUGACACCAACCACUACAGAAAGUGGACAUGGUGCCCUAUAUAAUAAACAUUGACCUGCCAAAACUUUUUAUAUCUGAGGGGGGCAGAAACCCCCAGGAUUAUUUUUGGGGGAGGGAGGGCUGUGCAUAGGGUCGUACUCUGUAGAAUCUAUUUUACUAACUGACCUGUUUUGGGACGUGUUACCCAAAUAAAAGAUGUUUCUAUACCCCCGUAA